GAGGCAGCUGCUUGAUUGAGUGACGGGGCCCACUCAAAAGACUCACGCCAAACACUCCACCGCGCACGAGCGAACACGACGGCCGUCCCCGCCGCCGAUGUCCCGCCGCAUCCGACGCCGCCUACCCCGCCGUUCUUCCUCCCGCUGCACCUAGCUCAAGUCCGGUCUGCGCCGCUCCUUUACCUCGCCGAUUUCCCCCCUCCGCCUCCGCCACUAUUCCACCACGCCGAUGCCGAUGUCUCGCCUCCUCCCCCGCGGCAGCUCCUCCUCCACCACACUGAUCCCCCGCCUCCGACUCCUCCGCCGCCGCUCCUCCUCCACCUCCACAUCGCCGCCCUCACGCUCCCGGUAUCUCCGCGACGCCUUUGCUGCGGCCACGGGGCGUGUUCGCGAAGGGACGCUCAGCCCGGAAGACGCACACCAAUUGUUCGACGAAUUGCUGCGGCAGGCCACCCCGGUCCCCGAGCGCUCCCUCAACGGCUUCCUUUACGCCCUCGCCCGUGCCACCUCCUCCGCCGCCUGCAUCAGGGACGGCCCCGCCCUUGCCGUCGCUCUCUUCAACCGCGUGUGCAGAGAAGAAGCCGGCCCGCAUGUGGCGGCGCCCACAGUCCACACCUAUGGCAUCCUCAUGGACUGCUGCUGCCGCGUGCAUCGCCCGGACCUAGGGCUUUCCUUAUUCGGCCGCUUCCUCAGGACGGGCCUCAAGACAAACGAGAUCGUCGCCACCACCUUCCUCAAGUGCCUCUGCUGCGCGAAACGGACAGACGAGGCUGUGAAAGUACUGCUUCACAGGAUGCCCGAGCUGGGCUGUGUGCCUAAUGUCAUCUCAUACUCCAUAGUUUUGAAAAGCUCGUGUGAAAAUGGCAUGAGUCAGCAGGCACUCGACCUGCUCCAGAUGAUGGCGAAACAAGGAGGCUGCCUUCCUGAUGUGGUGGCAUAUAACAUAAUCAUCCGUGGCUUCUUUAAGGAGGGCGAAAUAGACAAGGUACGCCAUCUAUUCCAUGAAAUGAUGCGGCAAGGGGUUGCGCCAAGUGUGGUGACAUGCAACACAAUAAUUGAUGCAUUGUGCAAGGCCGGAGAAAUGGACAAGUUAGAGCUAGUCUUUCAGCAGAUGGCUCGUAAUGGUGCGCAGCCCAAUAAAGUGACAUGUAAGGGCAUUAAGUUUAGUUCACCGAUUGAUGGAUAUUGCUCAGUCGGCAAGAUGGAUAAAACAUUCAAAGUGCUUGAUGCCAUGGUAUCAGUUGGAAUUGAGCCUGAUGCUUCUACUUAUAGUGCACUUCUUGAAGGCUAUUUUAAAAAUGGAAGGAUCGAUGAUGGUUUGGCUCUAUUUAGAGAAAUGUCGUGCAAGGGAGUUAAACCUAAAACUGUGACAUAUGGCAUCAUGCUGGAUGGUUUAUAUGGUGCUGGGAGAACUGCUGCUGCAAAGAAUAUGUUUCAUCAGAUGAUCAAAAGUGGAAUAACAGUGACCGCUUCCAUAUACACUAUAAUUCUUAGAGGACUUCGUAAAAAUAAUUGCGCUGGCGAAGCAACCACCAUGUUCCAGGGAUUAGGUGCAAUGAAUGUGAAGUUCCAUAUUACAACACCCAAUACCAUGAUUAAUGACAUGUACAAGGUUCAGAGAAGAGAAGAAGCUAAAUGUUUGUUUGCUGCAGUAUCAGCCAGUGGGUUGGUGCCUGAUGCUUAUACUUACAACGUAAGGAUAAACAAUCUUCUAGAAGAAGGAUCAGUGGAAGAAGUUGACAAUAUGUUUUCAUUGAUGGAGAAGAGUGGUUGUGCUCCCAGCUCUCAUCUUGUAAAUGAUAUCAUCAGAAGGUUGUUGGAAAAAGGUGAGAUUGCCAAGGCCGGAAAUUAUUUGUCUAAAGUUGAUGGGAAGAUCAUCUCACUUGAAGAUUCAACCACUUCAUUGUUGUUGUCUCUCUUUUCAAGGAAAGGGAAACAUCGGGAGUCCAUCAAGUUACUUCCUGCAAAUUAUCACUUUUUAGGUGGAUUUAGUCGCAUUGCACAUGAGACGAACUCCUGAGAAAGCACAGUUCAACUCUUUUCUUGCCAUAAGGCCCUCCUGCCAGUACAAGAUAUCUUAAUGGCCUGCUUUGUACCUUCAAUAUUUUAUUGAGUUCAUUUUGUGAUGUGUCAAAGUCACAAGAAUGUGUAAUGUCUAUGGAUCUUUUAAUCUUUGUUGGGCAAGGAAAGGUAGACCAAGUAGUCUAACACGACUGGUUCGAAUUUUGGGGGUAAAUGACUUCUGAUGCGAUUUGGGAAGGACAAACGGGUUCUUGAAGAAUGCAUGUCUGAGGUUGCUGAUGCUAUGUUGAGUUAGCAGUUAUACGAGCUCAUGCCAGAGUCUCCUGUACUCUAUGCUGUCAGUUCCAUUGGUGGAGCUUGUUACAUACAGGUAAAGGUAUGGCUAAGAAUUCACCGGUGUGUGCUUCUGAUUCAAUCUGCAGGACGCCAACACCACCUCGGGUUAUGCACUUUCAGAGGGAUGAGGCGCCACCACCAGCCUUGCAUUGAUGCGCUGUACUUACUUCCCCUCUUCAGGAAUUACCAGGACAAGACUAUCCCUAACCACCAGAACUUUGUAGAAGACAUGUUUUUAGCUGUAGUUGAACAGCAGCUGAAUCACCAAAGCUCGGCGCAUUAGAGAUGUGAACGUGAGGAAGAGUGUUGCAGUGGGUGGCUAGGCAUAUGUCUUUGUUGAUCAGUCUGAAACUGCACAACCUUGAAGAGAGUACCUGCAAACAGCCCCGUGUUGGAGUUCGAAUUAAGUGGUGGAAUCAUCAUGAAUUCGCUCUACCAGACUGGUACCAAACUAUAUGGCCCAAGAUCAGGUGUAACAGGGCUAUGUGCAUGUUUUGCACAGCUUGAAUAAUUGGAUAUCGUCAGAUGAGAUGCACUCCUCCACCGGCCAUAGAAAAGAGUUCCAAAGCUUUGGUACCCACAAGAUCCAGAACAAGCGUUUUCAUAUGGAUAGGCUCAACUCCAAGCAAGAACCUUGAGUUCAACACCCACGCGACUCCUCAAGACAGCGAUGUUCUUCGCUACAGAAAGGAGGCCCUGCUGCUGCCGCGGUUGUGCUCGCCAAGACACGAACCGGACUGGGGGGCACGAACCAAUGACUGACCACCAUGGGAGCAGGUGGGCGGGCCCCACAUGCUAUGCUUAGGAGCUGCACGCGGGUGAGACAAACACCGCAGGAUCGGUUUCUAUCGCACGGCUCGCGAUGCGAAACAUCAACCGACUUGAAACAAACAAUUUCCUUAUUAAUGUCUAUGUGAAGUAA